AUUUUCACUCUUGCCAUCUGGGAGACCCUCUCUAUUCGAGUUUCUCUAACAAACACUCCAGGCUCCACUAUAAAGCGAUGAAAGGCUGUUUCGGGCUUGAAGCUCAGUGAAAGUAGCUUAGUUACGAGAGCAAGCAAGACGGAGCAAUGUCCAGCCAUUCUCACCACUCAAUGGCUCACGAAGCGAUGGGUGAAUCUCCGAAACCGCAUUCGGUGUCGGCAAAGCCAAUGCCGAUGAUGCAUGUGAGCUUCUAUUUCGGAACGUCAGGAACGUUCCUCUUCGAUUGGUGGAAUAUAGAAGGUGCUUGGGGAAUGCUCGGAUCAUGCGGCGUCGUUUUCUUCAUGGCGCUUUUCUACGAAUACCUCAAGUUCCUGCGGGCUCGACUGUUGAUAAAAAGUCAACAGAUCAGGUAUUCCUCGAUUCGAACGUCGAAUGGCGUCAACGGAGAGACGUCCGCUCCCGCGACUCCCGAGACCGAGUCUACUGUGAAGAUAACAAGUACUAGCCACCUAUCACAAACAGCCAUAUAUGUCGUUCAGCUGACGCUUGGAUAUCUGCUGAUGUUACUGUUCAUGUAUUUCAAUGUGUGGAUAUGUCUCGCUGUAAUCCUUGGAGCGUCUACAGGUUAUUUCCUGUUCGGUUGGCAGGCGAACCCAUCGCAAAUCACUGCUGGUGACCAUUGUACGGCUUGAUCACCUCAGUGUUGGAUCUCUGGGCGGUAACUUCAAAUUUUUCUUGCCCCGAGUUACUCUUACGAGGUCUUCCGAGCCAUCAUCGAUCCUCUGUCACCGCGAAAUCUUCAUCGGCACUUGCAUAAACGACACAGGAU